AUGAAAUUCUCGGUACUUCUUCUUGCCGGAGCCGUUCUGGCGCUGCCAACAGCUACCGUGGUAAACACCGAAGCCAUCGACUACUCGACCAUCACAGAUUUGCCCGGAUCCGAGCCCACAGACGUGUCUGACCUCGAGAAGCGAGCAGACCCCUUUAAGCGACCCCCCAAGGUGUUCUCCAAGAAAACUAAAAUCACAAAGGCCCAUGUGACCAAGCCGUGGCUGCUGAAGCCCACAGAUGGAGGUGAACCCAUGCAUGUCACCCCCACCGUCUGGGGAGACGCGCUUUUCCGAGGCCAGCGACAGGUGGGUGCUGUUCCCAACCCUUGGAUCAAGCUGAAGAAGGACGGUCAGGCCAAGACCAUCACUCCCAAGGUGGUCAAAGGAAAGACUAAGAAUGCUCCUCCUGAGUAUGGAGACUGGUUCCACGUCAACCGAGACGUGACUGAGAACGCUCGUUCUGCUGGCUACAAGACCGCUCACCCUACUGAUGUCGUGGUCCAUAAUGAGAUGUUGGACGAGGAGGAUCCCAUCGAGGCCUCCUUCAACCCUGUUGAGCGAUGCACACCCGAGAAGUUUAUCAAGGUGAAGAAGCAGCGAGUUGGCCCCUGGUGCUCCCCUCAAUACGGAAAGGGUGUCAUGCUUGAUCACGUCCACUGGUUCACCUGGUACACCCGAGAAUUCCCCGACGCCGAGAAGGUCCGACUCCACUGCGCAUACAUUCAGGGUAAGGCUCUGCACAAGCGAGAAAUUGAGGACAGCAGUGUCUUCCACAUCACCGAAUGGGUGUCAAACACCUGGGGAGUCUACCCUAUGGAGAUUGAGGAGGAGUGGCUCGAUGGCGAGUACGAGCAGAAGGUUGCCGUUGCUAUCCAGCCUGACUACAUGGAUGACGACGAGAUCACCGAUGACUAUCUUCUGAAGAACUCUACUUUUGUGCGAUUCCGACGAGGUGCCAUCGUGCAGAAGAAGGACAAGGGACGACUUGAUUUGGACAAGAACGAGGAGGGCAUGAUGAUCACCAUCAUCACCAUUCCCUCUGUUGUCGUCAUUUUCGCCUGUAUCUAUGUCCUGUUCACACAGAUCACUGCUGGAGCUCGGGCCAUCCCCAAGUUCAAGAACCAGCGACGGCGAAAGGAUGGCCGGCAGUACGAGAACAUCAAGCUGCAGAACCAGCGACGACGACUCGACUAA